GAUUCACAGUUUCCCACCAUGGAGGAGAAGUUCAACCGACUCAUCUUCAUCCCCAUCGCGGCGGUGCUCUUCCUCAUGAUCGGGUACCAGUACGUGUGCCCGGCGGACUCCAACACCUGCUACUUCAGGAGCGAGGACCAGGGGCUGUUCCAGCGCUACUCGUCCGGGUUCAAGUUAGUUUACCCGGAGCUGGAGGCGGACGAGGACCUGCCCUCGAAGAUCACGGCCAGAUUCAACUUCACGGAGCGAGACCUGGACCGACAAGUCGACUUCAACAUCCGAGGAGACGACGUGAUGGUGUUCCUCCACAUCCAGAAGACCGGCGGCACCACGUUCGGGCGGCACCUGGUGAAGAACAUCCAGCUGGAGCAGCCCUGCGACUGCAUGCCCGGCCAGAGGAAGUGCACCUGCCACCGGCCCGGGAAGGCCGAGUCGUGGCUCUUCUCCCGGUUCUCCACCGGCUGGAGCUGCGGGCUGCACGCAGACUGGACCGAGCUGACGAGCUGUGUCCCCGUGGUGAUGAACAAGAGGGACAAGAAGAGCGCUCAGAGGAGGAAGAGGAAUUUCUACUACAUCACCAUGCUGCGUGACCCCGUGUCCCGAUACCUCAGUGAGUGGAAGCACGUGCAGCGCGGGGCCACUUGGAAAACAGCGCUCCACAUGUGUGAUGGCCGUGCGCCCACUCAGGAGGAGCUCCCUGCGUGCUACAAUGGAGACGACUGGACCGGCGUGCCUCUGGCAGACUUCAUGAACUGCCCGUCUAACCUGGCCAACAACCGCCAGGUCCGCAUGCUGGCCGACCUCAGCCUGGUGGGCUGCUACAACAUGUCCUCCAUGAGCGAGCUGGAGCGAGGCCACGUGCUGCUCGCCAGCGCCAAGGCCAACCUGCGCAACAUGGCUUUCUACGGCCUGACGGAGUUCCAGCGCAAGACGCAGUACCUGUUCGAGCGGACGUUUGGCCUGCGCUUCAUCCAGGCCUUCACGCAGAUCAACAGCACGCGCGCGGCCAGCGUGGGAAUCAGUGAGAAGGUGCGGUGGCGCAUCGAGGGGCUGAACGCCCUCGACAUGGAGCUGUACGAGUACGCCAAGGAGCUGUUCCUGCGGCGCUACCAGUACAACCGGCAGAGGCAGCACCAGGAGGAGCGGCUGAGGAGGAGGCAGGAGAGGCAUCACAGGCAGAAGCUGCACAGGACUUAUCUGACUGAGCUCUGGAGACUAGGAGGAGGAGGAGAGGAGGAAGACGAGGAGCAGGACGUGGUGAAGGUGCUGGGGAAUGAGGCCACCACAGAGGAUUACAGCAGCCAGGUGGUGCAGUGGUGAGGAGAACACAGAACUGAAACCAGCGAGGUGCUGACUGGUCUGAUUCAUCGUGCUCCUCCCUCCGUCUCCUCUGCUGGGAAUCUGCCAAACCUCCUGCUCUCAUGACGCUUUGUUGGACUGCCCAGUGGUGUCUUAAUAUUUAUGAUGGAUGUAUUUGUCAUGGCAACAUAAACAUUUUGUAUUUGAUUUUUUUCUCAUGGCUGUUCUGGCACUGCAGUUGUGAAAUGUAUUUAUUUAUUUGAUAGCCAGUGCUUUGAAUGUGCUCAGAGCAGCGAGAAUGUUUCCUGUGAAAUUAAAUAAAUAAAUAACGUGUCUGAUGACGAAGGGCAGAUUUAGUAUCUUUUCAAAAUGGCGACUCUUUGGAUGCUCUGUGUCUGUGAUCUAGCGCCGUGUCCAGCAGUGGAAUCCUGUAGUUGCUCUGUGGUGUUUGGCUUCAUAAGAAUAUCAAAGCACAACCUUGACGCUGUGUUUUUCUUUCUGACUCUCGGAGCUGCAGAAACAAUCAACGCGAUU